AUGGAUCACGGCAACCAUGGCGGCAGCUCUGGCCCAGCAUGCAAGAUCUCGAUGCUCUGGAACUGGUACACGGUCGACGCGUGCUUCCUGACGUCGUCGUGGCACAUCACCAGCCGGGGAGCCUUCGCGGCGACCUGCAUCGGAGUGGUGCUGAUGGUGGUGCUGCUCGAGGCCCUGCGCCGGCUGGCCCGCGAGUACGACGAGCACAUCCAGCGCGAGUUUGCCGCCCGCGUCGCCCUGAUCACGGCCGGGGCCGGUAUUGACGCCGGCCCGGCGACGGCGGGGACGGCGGGGACGGCGACGGCAGGUGGUGCGAACGCGGGUCAGACGGGGAGGGGCGUCGUCGAGCCGGCGCUGCUGAUGGAGGCGCCGCAGACGGUGGUGACGUUCCGGGCGUCGCCGCUGCAACAGCUGGUGCGGGCGCUGCUCCACACGGCCACCUUUGGGCUCGCCUACAUCAUCAUGCUGCUGGCCAUGUACUAUAACGGGUACGUCAUCAUCAGCAUUCUGAUCGGUGCCUUGCUGGGCAAGUUCCUGUGCGACUGGAUGACCCGCGCGGUCGUGAUUGGAGGCGGUGUCGCCGGCGGCGAUGGCGGCGCGGGCAAGAGGACGAAUGGCGGUGCCACCAUCGACGAGCCUACCGUUUGCUGCGGGUGA